UUGUACCAAAAAAAACAUAUAGUCAUUCUCUUUUCGUCUCCAAGUUCACAUUCCCUUUAUUUAUAUUUAUAUAUAUAUAGGCCGCAGUCCAAAUACCAAUAAACACAACACACUGCGCCUCGACUUCAAUUGUAAAAUAAUUGAGCACAUUUAAAUUUUUAUACUUUUAUAUAUGUAUUCCAAAACCUUCCUAAAAAUUAUUAUAGCUCUUUUGGGCUUUCUCUCACUACAUCAUCAAGCUUUCGUCUCAAGCCGCCGCCUCUCUCUUCACCCGGAAGACGAUGAUGAUGUGGCGCCAGACGGAGUUUGCUCUGCCGCCGUCUCCGUACAUGGGUACAAGUGCCAAGAAUAUAAUGUGACAACUGAUGAUGGAUACAUACUAAGCGUGCAAAAUAUUCCUCAGGGCCGGGCCGGAAGCCCAGGCCCGAACAGGCCUCCAGUUCUGCUGCAACAUGGGGUCCUUGUGGACGGGAUGACGUGGGUGCUAAAUUCUCCAGAACAAUCUCUAGCGAUGAUAUUGGCUGAUAAUGGGUUCGAUGUUUGGAUUUCCAACAUUAGAGGAACUCAGUUUAGCCGCCGACAUCUCCAACUUGAUCCUGAUGAUGAUGAUGAAUUCUGGGAUUGGACAUGGGACGACCUGGUGAUCCACGACUUACCAUCUGUAACCGCGUUUGUCGUCAAUCAAACCGGUCAGAAAAUGCACUACAUUGGUCACUCAAUGGGAACUUUGAUAGCUUUGGCCUCAUUAUCAGAAGGGAAUCUGACAGACAAGGUUAGGUCGGCUGCUUUGUUGAGCCCGAUUGCAUAUCUAAGUCAUAUGACUACCGAUAUAGGAAACAUCGGCGCUAAAGCCUUUCUUGGUGAAAUCGCUCAUAUGUUUGGUCUAGCAGAAUUCGACCCCCAAGAUCAGGCGGCAGAUGAUUUUGUGAAUGUACUGCGUCUUGCUACUGGAAUAGACUGGAACGACUUGAGCAGCGAUCUUACGGGAAGUAAUUGCUGUCUCAAUUCAUCUACAGCCGAUUUUUUUCUCAAGAACGAACUUCAAUCCACAUCGACUAAAAACCUUGUCCAUUUCUCUCAAACGGUUAGAGAUGGAGUCGUGUCCAAGUAUGACUAUGGCAGUGAUGAGUCCAACUCAGAGCAUUAUGGUGAGUCGAGCCCUCCCGUUUACGAUUUGUCCAAAAUACCCCACGACUUUCCCCUCUUCUUGAGCUAUGGAGGAGAAGACGCUUUAUCGGACGUUAAGGAUGUGGCCACGUUGCUUGAUGCUCUUAAGAAUCAUGACGUGGACAAGCUUCACGUACAGUACAUCGAGGAUUUUGCUCAUCUCGACUUUAUUAUAGGGAUAACUGCCAAGGACGUUGUUUAUAAUAAGGACAAAGACAAAAUUGUGAUUUUUGAAGCAAGAAACUUGAUUCCUGAGGACAUAAGCAGGAUAGUGAGAAAGCGGACGAGUUUUCUCCGUAGGCGGGGAGCCAGCAUGGAGGAUGUGGCUCGGGGGGUGUUCUUCCUGGUGAGUGGCGACUCGGGUUUAUACCAGGGCAUAAUUUGGUCAUUCCUAAAAAUUAUAGCUCUUUUGGGCUUUCUCUCACUACAUCAUCAAGCUUUUGUCUCAAGCCGCCGCCUUUCUCUUCACCCGGCCGACGGCAAUGAUGAUGUGGCGCCAGACGGAGUUUGCUCCGCCGCCGUCUCCGUACAUGGCUACAAGUGCCAAGAAUAUAAUGUGACAACUGAUGAUGGAUACAUACUAAGCGUGCAAAAUAUUCCUCAGGGCCGGGCCGGAAGCCCAGGCCCGAACCGGCCUCCAGUUCUGCUGCAACAUGGGAUCCUUGUGGACGGGAUGACGUGGGUGUUAAAUUCUCCAGAACAAUCUCUAGCGAUGAUAUUGGCUGAUAAUGGGUUCGAUGUUUGGAUUUCCAACAUUAGAGGAACUCGGUUUAGCCGCCGCCAUCUCCAACUUGAUCCUGAUGAUGAUGAUGAAUUCUGGGAUUGGACAUGGGACGACCUGGUAAUCCACGACUUACCAUCUGUAACCGCGUUUGUCUUCAAUCAAACCGGUCAGAAAAUUCACUACAUUGGUCACUCAAUGGGAACUUUGAUAGCUUUGGCCUCAUUAUCAGAAGGGAAUCUAACAGACAAGGUUAGGUCGGCUGCUUUGUUGAGCCCGAUUGCAUAUCUAAGUCAUAUGACUACCGAUAUAGGAAACAUGGGCGCUAAAGCCUUUCUUGGGGAAAUCACUGAUGUGUUUGGUCUAGCAGAAUUCGACCCCAAAGGGCAGCCGGUAUAUGAUUUUGUGAAUGUACUGCGUCUUGCUACUGGAAUAGACUGGAACGGCUUGAUGAGCGAUCUUGCGGGAAGUAAUUGUUGUCUCAAUUCGUCUACAUCCGAUUUUUUUCUCAAGAACGAACUUCAAUCCACAUCGACUAAAAACCUUGUCCAUUUCUCUCAAACGGUUAGAGAUGGAGUCGUGUCCAAGUAUGACUAUGGCAGUGAUGAGUCCAACUCGGAGCAUUAUGGUGAGUCGAGCCCUCCCGAUUACGAUUUGUCCAAAAUACCUCACGACUUUCCCCUCUUCUUGAGCUAUGGAGGAGAAGACGCUUUAUCGGACGUUAAGGACGUGGCCACAUUGCUUGAUGAUCUUAAGAAUCAUGACGUGGACAAGCUUCACGUGCAGUACAUCGAGGAUUUUGCUCAUCUAGACUUUAUUAUAGGGAUAACUGCCAGGGACGUUGUUUAUAAUAAGUUUCGUGCAUUUUGUUUUGGCUAUAUUGUGGGAUACUUUUCUCUGUCGUUCAUCAUUUUCUUAAAACAUCAAAAUGUAACGAUUAGCAAUGCAUUUUUGCCCAUAAAGGACAAAGACAAAAUUGUGAUUUUUGAUGCAAGAAACUUGAUAGUAAAUGUGAAUGUUAUG